UUAUUUAGAGGGGGCUACAAACUGUGCUUUGGCCUUUGUGCAAUUACAAUUCAAUAAUUUCCUAUAUAUCCUUUUUCCAAUUCUUUAUUUUUGUUAUACAGUGGUUCUCUUUUCUAAUUUGAAUGUGAAGAAAUCAAUGAGAUCGAUGGGAGAAUCUGAGGUAGUGUUGUUGGGGUGGCCACUAAGCAUGUUUGGUGCAAGGGUUAAAAUUGCUUUGGCUGAAAAGGGUGUCAAGUACGAGUACAAAGAAGAAGUCUUCCUACACAACAAAAGCCCUCUUCUUCUCAAGUGCAACCCGAUUCAUAAAAAAAUCCCAGUUUUGAUUCACAAGGGAAGAUCUGUAUGUGAAUCCAAAAUCAUAGUCGAGUACAUUGAUGAGUUGUGGAAGGGUGAAUCACCAUUGUUGCCUUCAGAUCCUUAUCUCAGAUCUCAAGCCAGGUUUUGGGCUGACUAUAUUGAUAAGGUUAUAUAUACCGUUGCGAUGAAAUUCAAUUCGGGCCCAAAAGGCGAAGAGAUGCAAAAAGCAAGGCAUGAAUGCUUGGGGUACCUCAAUGUGUUAGAAGGGGAGCUUGGGGAGAAACCAUAUUUUAUGGGUGAUGCCUUUGGUUAUGUUGAUAUUGCACUGAUGUCUUACUACAACCAUUUCUUUACAUAUGAGACUCUUGGGGGCUUCAGUCUUAAGAUCAACAGUCCAAAGUUGUUUGCUUGGGCUACAAGAUGCAUGAAAAGGGAGAGUGUUUCCAAGAGUCUUCCGGAUCCACAGAAGAUUUAUGAUUAUACAAUUGUAUACCGAAAGAACAUUGGCGUAGAAGACUAGUUCGGAUUAAAUUAGGUUGUUUGUUUUAUGUUAUUAGGAAAUCAAUCCGUAUCUUGUGGGUUGCUUAUCAUUAAGACCGAAUGGUAUACAUUGCACGAGAUGGUCUAGGUGGCCACGAACCACGACCGUGCACACCACCCUGGUGGUUCGUGGUGGCUCGUGGUCGUGGCCUUCCGUGCUCUGGACAACGAUCCUAAAUGCCCAAUAGCCUUCAUUUCUUGCAUUAAAUAUCCUUUUACCUUU